AGUGAUAGAAUCUGUUAGUGUUCUCGUGAUACUAUUCAAAGCAAAUUACAAUGGAAUACUUAAGCUUCGAUGCGUCGACGAAGUCGCUUACUCUGAAAAAGCGAGGUAUUCUUCCUAAACCGGCCUCAAAUGAAGUACGAAUUAAAGUUGCGUAUUCCGGAAUCUGCGGGACGGAUCUUCAUAUUUUGGAAGGUUCCUUUCCGUGUAAAGAGAAUGGACCUGUAACUCUUGGACACGAGUUCGUAGGUACAAUAGAUGAGCUUGGAUCGGAAGUGACCAUAUUUAAGGUCGGUCAACGGGUUGCCGUCGAUCCUAACAGCGGAUGCAAUAAAUGCGAUCACUGUCACAGUGCGAAUUAUCAUUUUUGUGCGUGCGGUGGUACAAAUAAUGGGAUAGGAAUUUUUAGGGACGGAGGAUGGGCCACACACGCGAUUAUCCCGGAAUCGCAGGUUUAUUCGCUCUCAGAUGACUUAGAAAUGCAUCAAGCGGUGCUGAGUGAGCCAUUGUCGUGUCUUGCUCACGGCUGGGACAAGCUAACUAACGUAAAUGUUGGAGAUAAAGUUCUCGUAAUAGGCGCCGGUAUCAUAGGUUUACUAUGGGCCUCUCAACUUCAUCUGCACGGUCUCAGGAAGACCGUCACCAUCAGUGAACCGCAAAAAGGACGGAGAGAAAUCGCUGCCCAGCUUGGUCUAGAUUAUCAAAUUGCAAGUCCAGCCGAUAUAAAAGAUGAGUUUAACUUGGCUGUGGACUGCAGCGGCUCCGCUCCAGCUAUGGAAGCGGCCGUUUCUUUAUUAGGUCACGGAGGUCGCCUUUGUGUAUUUGGGGUCGCUAAUCCGAAAGCGAAGCUGGCAAUUGAACCAUAUCAGAUUUAUAAGAAAGAGCUGACCAUCCUAGGUGUGAAUGUAAAUCCCUACAGCUUCCUUAAAGGAUUAGCUUUGGUGCAAUCAAUGUCUGAGAAAUAUCUUGAUUACAAGAAGUUAGGAAUUAAAGUAUUCUCUUUGUCUCAAUAUAACGAAGCUCUGGAUGCCUUGAAGAAGGGAGACAUAAGUAAAGCUGUUUUCAAAAUAUGAAAUGAGAUUCUAUACGUUCUUAUACGUUGAAAUGGAAAGAAGAAAAGGAUAUAUAUUUUUAUGAAGUUUUUAUUACUAAUUCUUCGUACACAAGUUCUAUAAUAUUUAAAUGCACGGAAUUUCGAAUAAUAAAAUGCAAUUGUAGAAUAUAUUGUAUAUGAGUAUCUGUAUAAAACUUUAUUUUAUUGUU